CUCACCCUCCGGUGGGCGUGGCCUCUGGCGGACAGAGAUGUAAACAGCUAGUUAGCAUGUAGCAGCAGCAGCAGCAGCAGCGGAGCCUCAGACCCGGAGACGGUCUGACAGGAAGUUGUUGACUCUGUCGACAGAAGAAGAAGAAGAGAAAACGCUCCGUCCUGCUGCUGACGGAGAGACGGAGAGACUUUAUCUGCUUCUGGAGAGAAUAUUAAUAUUUAUUUAUUGAUGACGACGGACUUUAAUUCUGCCAGGAUUGGUGCGUCAUGUCCACAGUCGGUGUUAGUUUAGUGAAGCUGUCGACCGGCGGGAGAGCUGAAACGUCUUAGAGAGACCAGAGAUCAUCGAGGUUCCCCUGGCGGCCAUGUUGGGGCCUCAGCUGCUGCUCGCCGCCGCCGCCACGCCGUGAACCAACAACCAGCUCAUGAACGCUUCAGAGUCCUGAUUUCUAUUGUUUCUACGCUUGUUCUUGGUGUCUAUAAGGACUUAUCCGACCUCGUUCCUCCCUCUGCGAGUCAUGGCGGAGUCCAGCUCGGCGCCGGCGGCGGAGCUGCUGAUGGAACUCAACAAAGAGGACGGCAACGAGGGCGUCUCCAAAGAACUGAUGGUACCCGCGGCGCCGAGCAGCAACGGCGCCGCCGACAGCCCCGUCCCCGCCAAAGUCCUGAAGGAGGAGGAGGAGGACGAGGCCACGCCCACGCCGCCAGACUCGUCCUCGCUGUCGUCUGAAAACAUGACGGUUACCGCCAUCACCACAGAAGAAGAAUCUCUGUCGGCGCUGCUCAGACACAUCAAGACGGACCGAGGAGAGACAGGUCUGGACCUGGACCUGGAGGAGAGCUCGUCUAUGGCGGGGGGGUCUGAGGACCAGCGGGGGUCCACAGACUCGGCCUCGUUCUCCAUCCCUAGUCUGGACCUGUCUGAGGGGGUCCUGGCGGUGGGGAACUCUCUGGACCUGGAGGACGGUCUGUCCUCGUCCUACUCGGCACUCGGCGUGGAGGGAGUCUCCCCGUCCGCUGAGGGACCCGGUCUGAAGGAGGGACCCGGUCUGAAGGAGGGACCCGGUCUGAAGGACCAGGAGACGCUGGAUGCUGCUGGAGGCGCUGCAGCUGCUCCUCCUGCUGCCUCCUCCUCCUCCACAGCGGCGGCGGCGGCAGCGGGUCCGGAGGCGGCGGCGGGCGUGGCGGGGGCGGGGCCGACCAUGCCGGCGUACUACCUGGUGAAGUGGAUCACCUGGAAGGAGAAGAAGACUCCGAUCAUCACGCAGAGCGAGAACGGGCCCUGCCCCCUGCUGGCCAUCAUGAACACGCUCUUCCUGCGCUGGAAGGCGAAACUUCCUGCUCAGACAGAAGUCGUCACCACAGAGGACCUGAUGGCUCACCUGGGAGAGUGUGUGUUGUCUGUUACACCCAGAGAGAAGACUGACGGGAUGGAGCUCAACUUCCAGCAGAACAUGAGUGAUGCGAUGGCCGUCCUCCCGAAGCUCUCCACUGGUUUGGACGUUAACGUUCGUUUCACCGGAGUGACGGACUUCGAGUACACGCCUGAAUGCAUCGUGUUCGACCUGCUGGACAUCCCUCUGUACCACGGCUGGCUGGUCGACCCACAGAGUCCAGAGAUGGUGGCUUCAGUCGGGAAACUGAGCUACAACCAGCUGGUGGAGAAAAUCAUCGACUACAAACACUCAGCGGACAGCAGCCGAGUCAGUGAAGGUCUGGUGGCGGAGCAGUUCCUGGAGGCGACGGCCACCCAGCUCUCCUACCACGGCCUCUGUGAACUCAACACCACGGCCAAAGAGGGAGAGAUCUCCGUCUUCUUCAGGAACAACCACUUCAGCACCAUGAUCAAACACAAGGGACACCUGUACCUGCUGGUGACGGACCAGGGCUUCCUGCAGGAGGACAGUCUGGUCUGGGAGUCUCUCCACAACGUCGAGGGAGACGGGAACUUCUGCGACUCCGACUUCAGACUCUGUCAUCCUCCUCAGAGAGCUCCGCCCACCGCCAGCCUGCCGCCCAGCGCCCAGGAGCAGCAGAGGCAGAUCGACCAGGACUACCUGGUGGCGGUGUCCCUGCAGCAGCAGCAGGGCGGGGCCCCGGGGCCCCUCAGUGACCUGGAGCUGGCCCGGCAGCUGCAGCAGGAGGAGUACCAGCAGCAGCAGCAGCUCCAGCAGCAGCAGCAGCAGCAGCAGCAGGGAGCAGCACCGGCACCACAACAGGUCAGAGGUCAGGGGUCACAGCAGGGCGGGGCCAGGAGAAGAGAGAAGGACUCGGACUGUGUCGUCCUAUAGACUCUUCUUCAUCUUCAUCAUCUACGACCAACCACCAACACACACACACACACACACACACACACACACACACAGUAACACUCUGUCAGCUCGAUGCCAAACCCCAGUGAGUGCUUUUGUUAAACAGUUUGUCAGACGUGAUUCCUGGUUUUGGAAAGUUUGUAAAGAUGUCAGAAAGUUCUAAUAAUAAAGAUCUAUAAGUUCUAACUAACGGCUUUAAUCAUCAUCAAUAAAUGAAUAAUUCACUAAUGCGUUAUUGAUCAGCUGUGAAACAUUAAUAAGAAGAGUUUAGAUGAUAAUGGAUGAAAUGAUUUCAGAAUGUAAAAGUUUUCCUUGGAAUAAUAAUAAAUUAUAUUGUUACUAUUAAAACCAAAUAAGAUUUGUUAUCAUAAGACAUAUUUAAAAAGUUCCUCCAGGAGGAUCAAAGCUGAUUAAUCACCUUCUAAAUGUGUAUUGAUGAAGCUGUUAGUUACAACUUGUUACAUAAUGAAGGAAACUGUUGAAACUGUGUUUGAUGUAAAAUGUGUUUGAUGGGACCAGCAGAGGUCAGAGGUCACGUUUCUGCUUCGGACUGAUCCAAUAAUCCGCUUCACUGCAGAACAAACUCAACGUCAAACACCAGGAGUCCCCCUCACAUCAACACUGAUGAUAA